CUCCUCUCAAUUGUAUUAAAUAGGAAAUACUAAGACUUGUUGAUCGAAUCUAUAAUAUUGUCAACAUCAACAACAAUCAUGGCGACUUCCAUGGAAAGGUUUAUUCACACGUUUAAGCACAAAUCUGCUGCAGUUAUUGGAAUGAUACACCUGAAAGCAUUACCAGGAACCCCAUUAAAUAAUCAUGGUGUUAAAGAAAUUAUUGAUAUUGCAUGUAAUGAAGCUAGAAUAUAUAAAGAGGCUGGGGUAGAUGGUGUUAUGGUUGAGAAUAUGCAUGAUCUACCAUAUUUACACACUCAAGUUGGUCCAGAAAUAACAGCUACUAUGGCUAUUAUAUGUUCAGAAGUCAAAAGAGUAUUUCAACCAGGUCCUGUUGGAGUUCAAGUUCUUGCUGGAGCUAAUAAACAUGCUAUGGCUAUUGCUAAUGCUGCAAAUUUGCAGUUUAUCCGUGCAGAAGGUUUUGUGUUUUCACAUGUCGCUGAUGAAGGUUUAAUGAAUGCUUGUGCUGGUGAAUUACUUCGAUAUAGAAAACAAAUUGGUGCUGAAAAUGUCAUGGUAUUUACAGAUAUUAAAAAAAAACAUAGUGCUCAUGCUAUAACCGAAGAUGUUAAUAUAAUAGAGACUGCUAAAGCUGCUGAGUUAUUUUUAAGUAAUGGUGUAAUUAUAACUGGUACAUCUACUGGUCAACCUGCUAGUGUUAAACAAGUUAAAAGUGUUUUGGAUUCUGUUCAUGUUCCUGUGUUGAUUGGAUCAGGUGUUACUAUGGAGAAUUUAGAUUCUUUUAAAGCAGCACAAGGUCUUAUAAUUGGUUCCUAUUUCAAACGAGAUGGUAAAUGGACCAAUGAUAUUGAUGCUGAUAAAUUGAAACGAUUUAUGGAGAAAGUUACAGCAAUAAGAACUAAUCCUAUAAAGGCAACUUAUAUAAUGUAAUAUUCAGGGAAUGGAUAUCAAUUCCAGUAUUGUUGUAUACAGUAUUAAAUUAUUUUCAAAUUUAUAAACAUUCAAGGAUGUCAUUUAUAAUGGUUGUCAAAAAUUUAAUGGCAAAAAAAUAUCCAGUUCAUAAGUUAUUAAUGUUGAGUAUCUUAAUUAAUUUAUAUGUUUUGUUGUAUGUUUCAUAUUACAUUUAUAUCUUUUCUAAAAACAAAACAUAAGUUUUAUUAUCAUUAAUGACUUUUAUCUGACUUUGUCAUUAUUACCAAUAAGAUAUUUUUCAGCAUUACCAGUUUACCACCCUUUGCUUUGUUUUUACAGGAUAUUGUCAUAACUAACUGUACAAAACUGAUAUUUAAUCACUUUUCAACAUGUAAGAUUUAGUAGCUUUGACUCAUUUAUUUACAUUCAGUAUCUCUCUUGAAAGAAACAUAAUACAUAAUUGAUGAAUAACUGGAUUACUUCAUGAAGAUUGGCCUGUAAUUGUUCCAGUUAUCAUUAGCUUCACAAGAGUAGUUAGUCAUCUUUUGUUGGUAUUAUAUGGCAAUAGAAGCUGAAUAUGUGUCCAUAUAUAAACAUCCACUAAAAAUAUUCUUUAACUUUCACCAGCACAAUAACUUGUCAUAUUUUAAUCAUUCUCCUGCAACAAUGCGGUUUGGGGUUAAAGGGGUAAAGUAAAGAAUCGUCUUGAAGGAGAACUGAUUCCAUGCAUAUUUACUUAGAUAACUGACAGUUGAUAAAGUUUGUUACACUACAUAUUGACAAGAUUGACAUUCAUAGACUAUUUUUCCUUAGCAACAAGAGAGCCACAGUGGUUAAGUGAGUAAGACGCUGGCUCCUAGUCUGGAGGAUGUGUGUUCGAUCCCUGCAUUGGCAGAGAAAGUUCAUCAGGAUUCUCAGGCGUGGUUUUGCCUUGUGCAGGAAGAAGGGCCUGACAAGGACAGCUGUCUAGUCAUUCGUAUGGGACAAAAAACUGAGGUUUUGUGUAUGCAUUGGGGUGUAUGUAAAAGAUCACUUGGCAGUUGGAAUUCGAUAUAAGAGUAGGCCAUAGUGCCGCUGCCCGGGGAAAAAUUUCCUUCAGCAUAUACUGUAUGGCAUAUGCUGUCUUCAUUAGCCCAGUUGGAGCAGAACAGGACAUUAAACCCCAUUUCAUUUCAUUUCCUUAGCAACAACUUGCAAUACCAGUGCAGGGUUUGAUUCUGUAAGUACAUGUAAUACAAAUCAGCAGGUGGCAUACUUUCAACCAGAUCUCUGGUAAAUCCAACACAUGGGAAAAAGAUACAGGCCUUAGAUAAUAGAGGACUGAUAAAGGAACGGAAAUAAAACAAAGUACAAAUAUAUGAAAGGACUUUAUACAGUCUAAAUAGUUACCUACACCCAAGUUUGUAGUUUUUUUUUUAUUUCAAAACAGCCGAGACCAUUUUUAUAUUUAUCAUGUUAUCUUCAUGAACUAGUGCUGUUUACACAUUUUAUAAUAAGGUUUUUUUGUUACUUGAUCAGUCCAGCUUUUUACAGUUUGGUAAAGUCUAUUUUAUACCAAACAUUGUUAUUAUUUUUUAUUUCAGUUUUACCUAGCAAAAAAUGUUCUUUAGGUAGUUUAGAUUUCAGGCUGCUGUGUUGAUGUUAACUAUCUUUUUACUAAUUAUCACCCAUCUGUCAAUCUUGGACUGACUUUUUUACGAUUUUAAGUAAAGAUUAGACUAUAUCUUUCUGACUUUUCACAGAUUGAAAUGAGGAAAGAUGAAUUAAUCAUGUCAUUUGUUUCUAAGUUAUAUAACAUUUUUUCUCUUGUUGUGUUACGGAUAAAUUUGUACCAGUAUAUCUACAUCUGGGUGCAUCACGUUUUUCUUUUUAAAAUCAAUUAUCUUCAGAUGAUGCAUUAGAGUCAAGGGUUUUUUCUUGAACAAAAAAUAAAAAUUAGUUAGAUGUUUUAUUUCAUCAGAUGCCAUUGAAUAUUUUUUUGAAUAUUUUUCUGAAAGUUAAUUAAAAUCUUUAUAUAAAUUCAUGAGAAUUGAGUUCAAGUCGAGCGAUAAAAGAUAUGUUUAUAUUCAGCAAGUGCUUAUUCACGAUCUGUGAUUUAUCAUCUUCAAGUUGUCAGUAAAAUUUCCUAUAUCUAGAUACAAAGGUUGAUAAAACUUUUUAUAAUUAAACUUGGAGAUUUGUGAGAUACAUCCUGUGUCAGGCAUAUGUUAAUUAAAGUGAGUCCUUAUUUCCGAUGCUCUUAUAAAUUAAAAUGAUGGCAAUCACAGGUGGAUAUUAAUUUGUUCAUAUUUAAAACAUUUAGAUAAUUCUGAACAUAUCCAUAAUUGCUGAUUAAGGCCCCAGUGGCUCAUUGAGUAUAGCACUGGCUCACAGAUCCCGGGUUCGAUCUCAGUGUUGGCCAAGACAGUUUCUUGUGAUUUUCCAGCAUAGUUUUCUGGAUAGAGUGCCUGCCAGAGUAUCUAGUCAUUUGAAUGGGGCAAAAAACUGGGGGCCACUCGAAUACUGGUUGACCUACACAUACAAGAACAUUGACAGUUAUUAUUUGGGAAACACUGCUUUUCCCAUCAUAAUAUUUUUUAUAAGUAAUUCUACCUAAUGUUAAUUAUUAUCCAACUCAACUAUUUAUAUUGUAAUUUUACAUUGGGUUUUAUAGGAACAGUGUGACUGACAACCUUCAGUACAUUCAUUUAGUAAAGAGCUAAUAAUGAAUGAUUGCAGAAGUUAAGUGAUUUUAAGAUUUCAUAGUUAUUGGUUCCAUUAUUUUCUACAAGUGUCAUAAAUCCUGUAUUGUUUUAAAUAUUUUUUAUUCAAUUUGAUAAAAUCAUUAUUGUAUUCAAUUUAUUCAUAUAAGAAUGUGAACAUUUAUUUUCCUUUAUAAAGCAGGAUGUUAUGGUUUAUAAGUAUUCACAAAAAUAACAAAAGAAAUGUAAAUAUAGUCAUUGUUAAUAGGUGCCAGCUGUUAUCAGGCAUGUAUUAAAUCAACCAAUAUUGAAAUACAGCCAGAAAUUUCAUAUUCAAUAAUUAUUAUACAUCCACUGGAUGCCCUUGUCAAUAAAUAAUUUAUACCUGUGUUUAUUUAACAAUCAUAUUUUAUUAACUGUAUAAUAUAAUCAAUUAUUCUUUUCUAACUUGUGGACAUAUGUUACAAAACAUAAGUGUCUAGAACUAGUUUCCUUAAGAUCAUUUGAUAGUUUGUGUGACAUGUAUAAUGAUUGAUAGAAGUUUCUAUUAAGAAAAAAUGGGAACCUACACAUUUAUAUAACUGCAGUGUAUUUGUGACUGUAUUGGAAUAUUCAAGUCAUAAUUCUGACUGCAUUUUCUUGACCCAAAACCUGGCCAUUAAAGAUAUAUUUCCUUGUAAUUAUAUAUUUUGCAAGCUAAUUCAGUUUCAAUUCUAAAAAUCAGUGCCAUUGCAAGUGCAGUCAUUAAGCAAUAGUUGAAUUGUCUGUCUAUAAUUUUAUAUUUAUAGAUCAUAAGAAAUACCAUAAUUUUUCAGGUUGCAUUACUUGACAUGAUAUACCUUAAGGCAACAUUAUAUAUAUAUAUAUAUAUAUCUUUAUAAAAUAGUAAACUUUUUUCUAUGAAGUACUGUAUUCAGAUAUUUAUUUGUAUUGAUUUAUAUUGAUAAUAUAUCUAGUCAGUAAAAAUUCAGAAAUUACUACACAACAUGCCCUAUGUAACCAUUUAUUACUCAUUCAUAAUUUGUAUAUUUAAGUCUUCUUAUUCUAUUUUAGACUUGCAUUCAUUACCAGGAUUAGGAAGUUGUGUUACAGAAUAGUAGACAAAUUACCACCCUUUCUUCAAAUAAAUAAUACAUUAUAUCUCAUAAUUGCCAUUGAUUUAUUGACUGUAUGAUAUAUGUUGAGAUAUUACAAUUAUCCUGAUAUUUUAGCACAGCAUUGAAAAGUUAUAAUGCUAUUUACCUAAUGGUUUAUUAAAGAUUGAUUUUUAUUUGUUACACAUUAUUUUUCUUGUAAUCUCAUAAUAAAGCUUACA